CGAGAUAAAAGAGGGGGCAAAGUGCCCCCUCUAUUAUCUGUUUCUUUCGCGUGUUUGUUUACGAGAGUGAGUGAGAAAAAAGAAAAAGCUGCGCACGCUAGAGCGAGACACUGAAGACGACCUUGAGAUCGAAAUACGUAUCUGCCACAGGAUGCAAAAACAAAAAUAGUUGGGAUUAAAAAGAACAGUACUUAACCCAAUUUUCUUCUACUCACGUAUAACAUGAUCAUAAACUUCAUUACACGUGCAAAUUGGUUGUCUGGGUAAUUUUAAAUGCACUUCUAUCUACUUAUCAGCUUUAACCAUUUUUAUUUUGAUCUGAAACGAGUUAUCUCAUUACCAAAGUGCACUCUGUUGACUCUGACAGUGAGAAGCAUCGUGAUAUGAGUCAUCAGCCCAGUAGAGUUUCAAGUGAUAUAGUUGUUUUUUGGCACUCAGUAAAUAAAUGCCGCUUAGUACUAUAAUGGAAAUGCCAUUAAAAGUCUGAUGGGAUUUAAGAUAGCUGAGUUUUUUGACAAUUCAAUAUCACCUAACAGAUGAAGAUGAUGCUCGCAGAGGCAACGUGAUCGCCUACAUGGAGUUGUCCUCAUUUGUGUUGUAUGGAUAAUGGUUUAUUGUUCUGUUUGUUCCGUGGUGGCGUGGGUCAAUGAGCGAAUGCAAGCCACCUGAGCAGUGAUAUUUCCCAGCCGUAUAUCAUCGUAUUGUGGCAAAUUGAAGAUGGUUUACCGGCGACGUUAAAGAGGUGCACUCGCAUCGUACGCAUCCGUACGCCUUAAAUGGCACUUCUGCAAGCAUCAAACGCCAAAACGGAUUGGAUCAUCGCUUUGUUUAAGUGGGUCAUUGAAGCUCGACCUGUGGAAGAUGUAUCACUGACAAGGCAAGUAUGUGUUCCAUUAGCACGAUUGAUUGUAUCUGAAAUUCAAAAGAACUUUUCACAUAGAUUAAUAGGUUCGUGGAGUAGAAUGAUGAAGAGAGGUCACGGAUAAUGUGCUUUUAUCUCUCAGUCUCAGGCACUACAAUGAUGGUUUACCGACAAGUUUGCAAAUAACAAGGAAAUGUACACCACUGUGACAAACACUUGUUCCGUUUCCAUACUACAGCAACUAUAUUUUGACGAUUCAGCUGAUGAUGAAACACAAAGGCAUCUUAUCUACCAAAUAAUCUGAAGCACCAAACCACGCCCGAAAACAUCAUACUUUUAUCCAUAACAUAUAAUCAGUAAAACUUCUUGUCAUAUUAGGUCUUUAACCCUCAUUAGAAGGAAUUCCAACCCGAUGAAUGACCCGAAACGCCCAAAUCCAUAACAAUCAUGCUCGGACUAAUAACUUAAUUUGCCAUAACAACGUCGAAACCUGCUGACAAAGCCCAUUUAUCACCGUUUAGCAAAUGUUCUCACAAUCAAAUCACCGCAUUGCCACCACGCCAGCAAAGUAGUAGAUCUGCCCAAACUGGAGUCGAAUGAGCCCCGGCUUCGACGGUCAUUAGUACCCUUAAAGCUCUUGCUAAUUAACCCACCGCACCGGUUUCCUCAAAAAAUCCGAAUAUUCAAUCUCAACCACUGAUCGCUUAAGCUCGGAAUGGCUACCUGGUUCAAUUAAACCACCCAAGACCAUGUCGACCUUCGGUUAUCGCUCGCUGGCUGUCUGCUGUGGUCGAAUAAUUAUUAAAACAAGAAAACCUCUGACCAGAAUCGUUCAGGCAGGAUUUUAAGAUUUGCUCCAAGAUCUCCUGAACAUAAAAAAAGAGUUUAAUCGAGCAGACAGCUUCCCGCGAAUCGAGUCACGUCAACAACCGAACCGUCCAACCCCUCCCCGUUCGUCCGUGACUGCGUUGAUAAAUGGCCACACCAUGCUCGAUGAUGACGGCUGCCGGUCCGGUAGCAGCUAGUUGCUACAGGCUCAUCAGGAAUUCUGAUGGUUUCCGGUUGAUGCUUUGUUUCACAAUUUUAUGAUAUUAUGUCUACCCAUUUGACGGGACUGCGGCUACCGGUCGUCAUCAAGAAAGAUUCAGAUGAAAUAGGUUGUUGAAACAGCAAUAAGAUUGUGGCGAGUUGGUGGGCUGCGACUUCACCCCGUUUGAACGCUUCUUCCAAGUUCAUCUGGUCAAGUUUAAAAUCGAAAGUAUUUAGCAUAGACAAACCACCUCUCAAAACGAGUUCAUCGUAGAUCACCUUUUUUGCGCUCAUACAUAGAUCACUUCGUGGAGCUUCAAAUCAACAAACCUGUUCCUCCUCUUGAGUGCAGCACUUGUUUUGAGCCACUCUUGUCAAACACUCAAACACCUAUGAAUUUCCAAUUCAGAGUUGAACUUGACCCAGAAGUUGUCAAUCUUGAAAGCGUAACACCCCCUUCACUACUUUUUGUUGGUUUGUACCCACAUAAUAUCCAACGGUAACCAGAUUUGAUGAUUGGCUCCAUCAGUAUACUGUGGAUUGUCCAAAUUGGUGUCAUACAAAAUUGCGUGUCAUGUUUUCUAGUCACAAAGCAUUAAAUCAAUUUGUAUUCUGCGGUCGCUUUGGCCAUAAAACAACACUUUUGGCCAUGUUCUAGGAAUCGAUGAAUCUCACACACAAAAUAAAACAACUGUUCAAUUCGCCUUAAUGGUUUAUGAUAGUCCCACUAGUUUGCUAAUUCCCAAGGUAAACGAUGCGUCAUUCGGCGGCUGUGAUUAAAAUAAAACUCUUUGGUACGAUUUACCAUGGUGCUAAGAAAGAAAGAAAGCUUUUGUAUAAACGUAAUGGUUUUUAUUUUUAUUUUAGAGACACUACUGCGAAAGUGCAGGAAAGUUUAUUUUAAAUAGUGAUAGAGUGUUUAUCAGAUCCUUUCGUAAGUUGCUUUCAAGAUUCUUGAUAAACUCUCGAGGAAACCUUUGAUGAAAUUUCUAAUAACUUUUCUUUGUAGUUGCACUAUGCUUUCAAGCGGGUUUCACUUAAUUUAUUCAUGUAAAUCCCCUGAAAAAAAUAAUUUCCGAACGGUUACUUGACUUUUUCCAGUGAAAUUGAAAUGUAAUUUCCUCUCAGUGAAGGAAGGUGUAAGCAACUAAGCAGUCAGUGGAUGCGGGGAAAGGCACAUCGCGGGGGUGGUGGAGAAGAUAGCUGGCGAAUUUGUGUUCAUGGUGGGGUUUGGAGUCAGUUUGGCUUUUUAUUCCGCAAAAUGGGAACCUGUUCUGUGGCAUAGUUGGUUAAUGCGCCGGUCUAGCGACUACAGAGUCGUGGGUUCGAAUCCCAUCAGAACGCUUUUUUUCUUAACAAUUUCAUCUCCCAAUUUGCCAAUUAAUCAACAUUCUGUGUCUUCUAAUUUUCAAGUUUUUCCCAGUAAAUAUGAAGUACACCUUUUCAGACCAAAAUUAUUAUUUAUGAAGCCCUCCUCAAUUGAGUGUAUCACGAUUAGUGUUGGGAGAAUAAUCUUUUCUUCAACAAUAAUAUCUGAAAACAUGUCACGACAAAACCGUAAUAACAAUAGUUUGUCGAUUAUUUUUGCUCUCGCAUGAAAAAUAAGUGCAAUCAACGUAUUCCAACGAUUUCAUCAAGUAUUUCUGCGCGAGAAUUCCUUCAGGGGUAUCUUUUAUGAUUUAUUCUGCAGUUACUUCAAGGACUUCUACCAAAAUUCCUCUAAGAUUUAUUUCAGAACUUUUCCAGGGAUUGCUUCAGACAUUUUGAUUAAGGAAUACUUAUAAGUAUACAAUAAUUCCUCCAGGAACUCUUCCAAGCAUUUUUUUGAGAUUUUUUUUUUCAAAAAUUUCCCAAGGAAUCCUUUAAUGAUUUUUUUUUGAAUUUCUUCAAGCAUUCCUUCAGGAACACCGCUAAGAAUUCCUUCAUAAAGUUCUUCAAGGAAACCUUCAGAUGAACCUUAACCCGGGAUGGCCGCAUCGUGUGCUGAGUACACGCACCAUGAAAAAAGCACGCUUGUGGUACACAAUGUAUGCGUGCUGUCACUGAGAGUGGCCGAAGACGCGACUGCUCGAGGGUUAACGAAGAUUUCCAAGGAUUUUAUUAGAGAUUGGUCCAAGAAAGAAUCUUGCAGGAGCUCCUCAUGGAAAAUGUUUUUGACGAAUUUCUGCAAUCAUGCUUGGAUGAAUCCUUGGGAGAUUUUCUAAAGGAAUUUCGGAGGAAUUUCCAAAGGAAUCCUUGUAGAAAUGCUUGUAGGAAUUUUUGCAGGAAUUUAUAAAUGGAUUCUUGAGGAAUCUUGUAGAUGAAUACUAAGAUGUAUUCAGAAAGAAUGUUUGGGUUGAUUUUAGAGGUAUCUUUGAUGAUAUUCUUGAAGAAUUACUACAAAAAAACUUCAUGAAAUCUAACAUAAGGAGGAAUUUUGUAAGCAAAGAGAUUUUUGCAAGAUGCCUGGAUUUUUUCUCAAAGGAAUCAAUGGCAGAAACCCCGAAGAAUACCUCUUAAAUUCUAAGGUGCAAAACAAAACAAAAUCUUCAACAGAAUUGCUAUAGAUUUCCUUGGGGGAAUUUCUGUAGGGCCCCCUGAGGAGAUUUGUAAUACAAUCCUUUUGGGAUGAGUGUUUUCAGCUUUGCAGAAUUAUCUGAAGGAAAACUUUGAGAAAUCCCUGUAGAUACAUAUCUUUGAAACAAAGCUUGAAAAAAAAAACAUUUGAGAAAAAGAUUAAAUCCUUAGUGGAAUUCCUUAAAGGCUUGUUGAACGAAUUGUGAAAGAGAAAUUCUGGAGGAAAUCCCUGCAGGCAUUAAAGAAAUGCUUGAACAAAUUCCUAAGAAAUUCUUGAAAGGACUCAUCAUCAUUUGAAAAAUCAUUUGAAGCAUUUAAAAGGAACGCAUGAAGUAAUUAAAAAAAAUCUUGAUGGAAUUCCUAAAGGAUUCCUCUAAGAAAUUACAGAAGGGAUCUUGUGGGAGAGCCCCAAUGGAAUCGUUUGUUGAAAUCUUUGAAAAACUCUUAAAAAAGGGAAUUUCUUCAGAAACGCUCGGAGGAUAUCCGAAGCAAUCGCUGGGGCCCUCGUAGGAAAUCUUGGAGGAAUUGAUAAGAAGUCCUUGAAGUAAUUCCUAGAUGAAUCGUCAAAGAUAUCCAGGAAAGAGUUCGUGGAGUUCCUCACUUGGAACAGAUGCUUGUCGCUAGAAAAAUGUCUGAAAAGUUUCGUGAAGCAAAACUGGACGAAAUUGGUGUUAUCGCUAAAUCAAUCUUUGAAGGUAUCAAUCCUGAUGGAAACCUUGGAAGAAUACCUAAAGGAACUAUUGAAGGAACUCCAGUAGAAUUUCUUGGAGGAAUUUCUCUGAAAAUUUCUCAAAGAAUUCUCACAUUUUUAAUUCGAAUUUCUGAAAUAUUCAUUGAAGGAGUUCCUGAAUUCUUGAAAGGCUUAUUGAAGAAAUUUCUAAAAAAUUCUAGCGAAAACACUCAAAAGAUCCUUUGGGGGAGUUCCUAUAGAAUUUCUUGGAGGAAUUUAUGUGAGAAUCUACGAAAAAAUCUUGCAGGAGUUAUAAUAGAAAUGCAUGAAUAAAUCCAUGCAUGAAAGAAUUACCGAAUUUCUUAAGGAACCCUUGGAAAACCUUCUUAGGAAAUCUUCAAAAGAACACCAAGAUGGGUGAUGAAUGCUUGAGCGAAGAAAUCUCUGAAAGAGUUAUGUGAGGAAAUAAUUGAGAAAUCUUAGGAGAAUCUUUGGAAAAAUACUUGAUUCCGAGGAAAAAUCAUUAAAGGAAUAUUUGGAGGAUCUCCUGAAUGAAACCGUAGAGGAAUGUUUAGAGAAAUUCUACGAAGACUACUCUUCAGCUGACGGAAUUCCGAUGUAAUUUCUGAGAAGAAUAUCUGGUUCCGAAUUCAUUGGAGAUUUUUUGUGAAGUAAUUCUAUCUAAUUUUUUUUUUUUAUUCUUUGGAUGAUCUUCAAGAUAAAUCCUCAAAGAUAUUAUUGAUAGAAUACAUGGUGGACUUUCAGAACAAAUAUUUCGAGAAAUACUUGAUGAAGUCUUUGCAAUAAUCUUUCGAAGUCCUAUGGAUAACUUUUGAAAACAUCCCCGGAGAAAACACUGUAAGAAUUCCUGAAGCUGUGCUUAGAGAAACACUGAAAGACAUCCCUGCAUCAACCACUUAUAAGAUUCUUGAUGGCAAAUUAUUUUUCUAGAGAGAUUUCUCAAAGAAAACGGUGAAGCAAUCUUUUAAGGAAUUCCUUAAGAAUUUAUUGGUGGAAUUCCAAAAUAAAUUGGUUAAGAAUAUUUCGACAUAAUUCCUAGAAAAAUAUCCUACGCUCAUUGAUGGAACUCCGGGAUGUAUCCUUGCAGAAGCCCCCGAAGAAAUUCAUAAAGGUAUACAGAAAAUAAAUUUUAACCUUCCGUCAGUCAGUUGGUUACCACCGCCAGCAACACGCUAAUGAUGAGUACAAAAAGUGAGAUUUUUUCAGCGAGUUAUACAAAAUAAAACAGUGCGAUCACUCGAGAUUUAAAUGUAUUCAUUUUUUAUCUAGUUCGUUUAUUUAUGGAUCAAUCGCGUGCAACGCUUUACGGAGCGGAGAUUCAUUUUGUGUAUUCAAUUACAUACAAUGAUAUUGCUUUCCUAUAUCAAGGUUAGAACUGGGAGGAGGCCAGGGUACUCGUGACUGCUCGAGGUUAGCAGGUCACAUAAUUUUUAAAGGCAUGGUCAGCAUAAGGUUUCAGGGUUUGCUGUAGCAUAUCCGGGAGGUAUUUUGGCUUUUGGCGUCGCCUCUGGUGUUGGCUUGGGCUUGUUAGGGAUUCUCAUCUGCCGGAUGGCCAGGAACAUAACACAAAAGGACAAAACACAGAGAAAAAAACACAGGGAGAUUAAACUUUUAUACAACACAUGCGAAGGAAAUCAUAAAUGGACCGCAUACAUAUAGAUAAGAUCACGGGUUCCCAACACAUCUCUUACUGUAACAAAGGGUUGUCUACCUCGGACCUCAAAGGUAUAUAGCGCUCUGGAGGCGUAAUUAUCCGGGCAUUGCCUAGCGAGUAAUGGUUGAACAUAAGUCUUGACAUCUCACGUAUGAAGUCUCGACCUACAUCCAAACCGUAAUGCCACGCUUGCAAAGAAACAUUAGGAAUAAUAGAAUGUAACCACCACCCAGUUGGCCAUCUCGCCAAUCAAGUUACCAACUUUGAAGAGAACUCUGACGAACUAAAUGGAAAAAUUCAUCGUGUGAAAUUCUUCUAUCAUAUAUCUCGCCUUCCUGUGUGCCCACCUUUGCGAGAGAGUCCGCCUUAUCAUUGCCAUAAAUUGAGCAAUGUGAGGGGACCCAUACAAAGGUAAUCUUGUAUGAUAUUUCGACCAGUGCAUACAUCUGCUCUCUUAUUUUUGUAAGAAAGUAAGAUGUAUGCUUUACAGAUUUCAUCGACCGGAGUGCCUCAAUAGAACUAAGGCUAUCCUAGUAGAUGAAGAAAUGGUCAGCGGGCAUGUUGGAAAUCAUCCCCAAAGCGAAGUCGAUUGCAUCCAGCUCAGCAACAUAAACAGAACAAGGUUCUUGAAUUUUCCUGAAGGCGGUGGAAUUUUCAUUGAAGACACCGAAGCCAGUGGAUCUAUUAAUUCGAGACCCAUCCCGAGCAGAGGAAAAAAACUCAAUAAUAGCAUAUUUUGAUAUGGAGAACAAAAAGUGAUAUUUGUUUGUUUGAGAUAAGAGGUAAAAGUACUGAAAAUAAUAUCUCAAAUUUACUCCUGGAACAUCAUCAUCAUAGCACAUUUAGCUCUUGGUAAGAUCUAACCAAUAGCAGUGAGCUAUUUGAUUGAUCUUCAAAUAUCAUAUUUUGCUAUUGGUUAAAUGGUUCAAGAACAAAUUUUUACUGUUAUUUUCAGUACUUCUACCUCUUAUCUCAAACAAACCAAUAUCACAUUUUGAUCGUCAGUACUUGAACUCUGCCCGGGAUCAGUGAAGAAUCUCUUACAGGAAUUGACAUUUUGAUACUUUUCGUUAAAAAUGCGAGGAAUAGUAGAUAUACACCGAAGUUGAUCUGGUAUUCCAUGAAUAACUUGUUUCAUGGAUAGAUCGUAUUUAAUAGAGGAUCUAUUACACAGCGCAACAUUUUUUUUGUCUUAAGAGCAAACUUAUGUGUCUCCGAAGGAUUUCGGGCCGCUGAAUCCGAAUCCGAGCUUAGAUUUGCUCCAACACGUCACAAUUUUGAGCUAUACCUCAAUUUAUAGGGCAAAAUAUGCGAUUUUGGGCUUUUUUAACUGCAAGCCAUUAGGCUUGGAAAUAUUUUUUUGAGGCAAUCAAAAGGUUAAUUGGUCAGUUAACAUCUAAAUUAACGACUCAUGCAAAAUAUUUCGUUUUACCUAAUCAAAUUUCAUAGAUUUAAGCAUUUUAUGUUAGUAUGAAAACUUGCAUGCAACUUUUGGAGGGUGACUUGUAUGGGAAAUAUCGUACCUAACAUAAAUCGCUUAAAACUAUCAAAUUCGAUUUGGUAAAACGAAAUAUUUUGCAUGAGUCGUUGAUUUAGAUGUUAAUUGACCAAUUAACCUUUUGAUUGCUUCAAAAAAAUAUUUCCUUACUUAAUGGUUUGCAGUCAAAAAAGCCCAAAAUCGUAUAUUUUGCCCUAUAAAUUGAGGUAUAGCUCAAAAUUGUGACGUGUUAGAGCAAAUCUGAGCCCGGAUUCGGAUUCAGCGGCCCAAAAUCCUUCGGAGAUACAUAAGUUUGCUCUUGAGACAGACAAAAAGUUAAAUUUUGUUACGCUGUGUUAUUGGUGAAGUGUGCACGAGGAGGGUUAUGACCUGGGAGGCUUAUGUCUGAUGACAUGUAGAAGAGAUAGAUUUUCAUGAAUUUCGACUGAGUGUUCAGUCUGAGCAUCUGCCAGGACAUCUAGGUUCGCAUUAUGCAUUGAGUGCAUGCAGCCGAGGGCAAUACGCAAACAACGGUAUUGAAUUCGUUCCAAUUUUAUUAGGUAGCAGUUUGCUGCUGAGUGAAACAGAAAGAGCCAUACUCGAGAACAGAGAGAAUAGUCGUUUUGUAAAGUUUUAUUAGGUCUUCCGGGUGAGCACCCCACCAUGUUCCGGUAAGUGUGCGUAGAAAAUUGAUCCUUUGUUGACAUUUUUGCAUAAAUGUAUACAUUUAUCAUUGUAAAAUAUGUACAUCGGCAGUUUUAACCUUCCAGGACGCGCGCCAUCAUGCAGCCGAAACUGCACCGCGCUCGCGUUGUAUACGACGAACGAGGUUUUUUGGCAGUGUUGUUCUUUUUACAACAGCGCGCGUCCUGAAGGGUUAAUAGGGACCCACAAACUUGGUUUCGCACCGGGUCCUAAAUUCCUAGCUACACCACUGAGUGUGCAAACGUCAAACAGGAGAAAAACCCAUGCGAGCGCGAGAUUUACGAACUACAGAAUAUUUGAACUUAUCGUUAAAAAGGUGAACAAUGGAAAGUAAGCAGAGUGAGAUGUCUGUUUGUAAUUGAACCAUCUAUAUGGGUGUAUGCGUUCUAUUUCGUUCAGAAGAAUUGAAUUUGAUAUUAAGUAGAUUUUUUCAGUUAUUUUGACAAGGACAAAGAUUGAUAUCAUGUCACUUUCAGUAUAUGUAUUAAAAGCACACCGGGAUUGACAUCAAAAUUCUUCGGUUCAAACAUGAUUCAGAUAUUCACGUCUACCCAAGUCGGCAAUAAAUGUGGGUGUGGUAAAAAAGCAUAACAUGAGAGGCUAAUAGGGACGUAAAUCCAGUAGAAGAAACUAUCUGAUUUUCGAAAAAUUAUCGAGCUUUCGUUUCGGAGCAGCCAAAAUUUCCACAGCAAAAGCAGCAAUUUGCCAAAAUUUCACUCAUUCGAUAUGAAUGCAAACAUGCAGGCAGCCAAACUGAAACACAAUGCUCUUUGAACCACAUCGAAGACACGACAACUGACUCGGAAACAACCGUUUUCCUCAUUUCAAUUUUAAUCGAAAAACUCAAUCAAUAAGAGAACCGCUUUUUCCGCUUUCCCCAUUGACCGGUGUAGUUUACUGUUGUUAUUAUUGUUGUAGAAAACAUGCAUACAGCACAUCACAGUACAUACAAUCAUUCAAUCGACCCGGUGGCGGCGGUGCGGUGCGGCAGUUGUGUGGUGAUCGACUCUACCCCGGCGAUGCCAGGAACGCACACAAUUCGACCCACUCGCUACGACGACGACGACGACGGGGAGACGUGAAAAUUGAAAAAUUUCUACUGUUGUUUGCCAAAGUGGGCCCGCACCCCACUCACUGCAGGCUGGCGGCUGGUUGGCCAGGCCACUCGAUGCACUCUGUCGUCGUCGUGGUCUGCUGUGCUGUUGGUGGGUUCAACUUCAGCUUCCUGCGAAACGCCAGCAACCGUGCCCGAAAGCUAACGGAAACAACCCCACGUAUAGAUAGAGAUAGCUAAUUAAUAUUUUGUUUUAUACUUCACGCCGUGCAUCGGGGACCAGCCAGCAGCUCGACUGGGACCCGUAUUGUACACAAGAAUACGUCGGUGACUUUAUGGCAGAAUAGGCAUAAGGUACCUACUACUAUUACGGUUUUAUUUCGCGUUCGUUGUCUUAUCGUGUACGCAGUGAACCAUAUUGACGUGUAAACAAGUAUGUUUGGAUGUUGCAAUGAAAUAAGCACAUUUUCAGCCAUCUCAAUCUGCUUGAGUUUUUCUACUCCCAUAUUUAAUAUGUAAACUUAGGGUGGUAACAGGAAAAGGCAUGGCUUGGAAAAAAAAAGCAAAACGUUAGUCGGAUACAUAAUGGUAAAAUUGUUAACAAAAAAAACCUGGGUCACCCUGUACAUCAACAGUUAGAAUGUACCAGCACAUCUUGGUUGCACAAUAUAUCCCUUUCGUGACGAUCCAGCACAAUUGUGCUGUUGAGCAAUAAAAAUUUUGCGUAUUUUUUUUUCAACUGUUUAGGCUUUGGUUUACCUGAUGUAAAUUGUUUUUAUAUAUUGAGCCAUUACAUACACUUGCAUGUGUGCAAAUAAACUUUUGUUUUUGUUGUAUGACGAAUUUCGCCCCAAAUCGUAUUCGGAGUUGGCAGCACCCUCUCAGAUUACAAUGAAACUUUCUGGGUAUGUACACCAAAACUAGAUAAGCCACUUUGCAUACUUAGUUUCUUCAAAAUUUAUCUGGACUGACUUUUGAAAAGGGCUAAACUUUUUUUUAUGGAUUUUUUAAAAAUGUUUUUAAUCAAAAAAUGACUACUCCUACAAAAAAGUGUUGUAUGGGUGAUUAUCACAAAAUAAGUCAAAUUUUAAGAAAAAAAUACUGAAAAAAUCCAAAAUGAGCCCUACACUGAAAAAAAUAAUUUCUAAAAAUUCAAAGUUGAUUUAAAAAAAAACACCAUUUUUGAUUUUGAUGAAAUUUUGUCUCAAGACAGGUAAUUAUGUUCCCUACCAACCGUCCAUACAUCACAAGAUAGGCACUUUUAAGGAAAAAAAGUUUUUCUAACAAAAACUUUUUCAUGUCCAAAUUAUUAUUUUUUCAGUGUCUUUUUUUAAAAACAAACUAAACCAGUGAAGGUUAUCUAGUAAUCUCAAAAUGCAAUUAAACUUAUUGUGUCAUAUGCGACAAUGCAAUGCACCCAUAUUCACGCAGCAGCACUCUAGAAGUACGAAACAAUAUACAAUUAGAACACGCAUUUCAUACGUGCUGCUGUAAUUUCUACCCAAACGUUUCUACCCCAUGUUCUUACCUAAUAUUAGGUAAGGCUAUUUAUUAGAUUCGAACUACCUAAUCGAAAACAAAAACAAAUCAAGAGUUGUACCUAAAGCAAAUAUGAACAAAACAAGAAAAUGAAUCGGUAUCAUUCAACGUGUUACUUCUCUUUGGUUAUUAAAGGCAGUUCUGAAAAGUAAUGGAUCAAUCGUAUAAAUCAAAAUUCAACAAAUUCAAGUGCAGUGCAAAAAUAAACAAUCCAAAGUGCAACCGUCAUAAUCUACGGGGCAUGUCAUUAAGAUUGAUAGAUAAGAUUCAUUCCAUGGGAUAUACACAUGAAAUCGACGAAUCGAUGAGUAUUUGUGAGUCAUGUCGUGGAUUGAUAAGUCACAACAGAAGCCCGAAUACGAAAAAACGCCGAUCGGAUGGAAACGACGAAACUAUGCAACCAUCAUUUAGUGGGCAGCAACAUCAUGAUGUUCCAGAACCAGAACCGUCAACGAGUGGUCAACAAAUCGAACAUGAGCUGGAUAUGGUACCAUCUAUUCCAUCAUUGGAGUCAAUUCCGUCAACAGAUCAACUACAGGGUCCCCAUAAUAUUGAGAAGUUUAAUACCAUUGCUGAAACAUUGAGUUUAUAGCCAAUCUCAUCUAGAAACAUGAGAAGUAUGGAAUAUCGCAUAAACAAAUCAUUGCAGAUUACGAAAGCAGUUCGAAAAAAUAUCUUCGGAAUAGAUUCAACAGAUGUUGGCAAAGUGGAGGCGUAUGACGAGAUAAUUAUGCAGUUAAAGGAUAAGUUCAAUCACCCUACAACUGACAGAAGCGAACAGAUUAAAAUACUAUCUGUACUUCCUAAGUCUUGGUCGGUAAAUAAAAUCACAAGAGAGUUUAACGCACCAAUGUAUAUGGCGAGGCAGGUGAAGGAUCUUGUUUAUGAACAGGGUAUUCUUUGUACCACCGAAAAAAGAAGGGGGCAUGGUAUUGAUGACGAUACAAAACAAAUAGUAAGAGAAUUUUUUGAUGAUAAUGAUAUCAGCAGGCCAAUGCCAGGAACAAAUGAUUUUGUUUCUGAGGUUCGAAAUGGAAAAAAACAACAAGUUCAAAAACGACUGUUGAUGAUGUCGCUCAAAGAGGCUUAUAUGAUUUUUGUAGAUAUGUACAAAACUGUGAAUAUUGGUUUCGCAGUAUUUACACAGUUGCGACCAAAGCAUUGUAUUUUACUUGAUUCUACUGGUAUACAUAAUGUAUGCAUAUGUACUAUUCAUGAAAAUGUAAAUUUAAUGUUCAACAGUAUAAGAAUUGUGUCACAAGAUGAAAUAAUACAAAAAAUGCUUUGCGAUAUUUCCACCAGAACAGAUAAUUGCUUUUUCCGUGCUUGUGAAAAGUGUGCUUGUAAUGAACACAUUGAAGAGGAACUUACAUUGAUAUUAGAAUCAAAUGACAAAGAAGAGAUUAUAUUUCAGCAGUGGUUGAAUACUGAUCGCUGUAAUUUAGAAACGAUUAUUAAACCUGUUGAUGAAUUUGUUCCGUAUCUUGUUGAUAAAAUUGACAAACUUAUAACACACGACUUUAUUCAUAAACAACAAUCAUCAUUUCUCAGAAAUAAAAAAGAUACAUUAAAGGAUGAUGAAAUUCUUGCGAUUUGUGAUUUCUCUGAAAACUAUUCAUUCAUAAUUCAAAACGCUUGCGGUCCAGUUGUUCAUCUCAAAAAUGAUAGAUUUUAUGAAACAAUUAACGAACUUUUCUAAAAUUUAUUUUAUGUCUGAUGGGGCAGCAUCACAAUACAAAAAUAAGAAGAACUUUGCUAGUCUAUGUAGAUUCCAGUCAAAGCAUGCAUUAAGAGCAGAAUGGCAUUUUUUUGCAACGUCCCACGGUAAAGGUCCAUGUGAUGCUAUUGGUGGCACUCUCAAGCGAAUGGCAAAGAGAGCAAGUCUUGCUCGAGAUUAUGGAAAUACCAUAACAACUCCACGAGAGUUAUAUAACUGGGCAGUUGUACAGACAGAUAAAAAUAUAACUAAAUUAAAUUUCUGUUACGUAUCCACUGAACAGUACAUUAAAAUGUCAGAAGAUCUCGAAGAAAUAUAUAAUAACACCAAAACAAUACCAGGCACUCAGAAAUUCCAUAGUUUUUUGCCUAUUCCUGGCGACAAAGUAAAGGCAAACAGGUAUUCUAAUUCAGAAGAUGAACCAAAAAUAUUUAGUAUGAUCGGAAAAAAAUAGAAAAGAACAUGUUUGAAAUUGGCUCUAAGACACAUAUAUAUAUAUAUAUAUAUUUGAAAAAAUCAUAAUUAUAAAUAAUUGUAUAUUUAAAAGUGCACUUCAAUACAUAUUGCGAUCAAACAUUACAUUUCCUUAGAAAAUACAUUUGUAAUAUUUUGAAGUUUUUUAUGUAUAGGAAAACCCUUCCAAAUGAUUGAAUAAAUAACACAAAAUCUCCUAGAAAAUUGAGUUUCAUUGGAUUCUGGGAUUGUAAUGGCCUUCACUGGUUUUAUUGUUGAUAACAAAAUACACUGAAAAAAAAAAUCAUUCGAACAAGAAAAAGUUUUUGUUAGAAAAACUUUUUUUCCUUAAAAGUGCCCAUCUUGUGAUGUAUGGACGGUUGGUAGGGAACAUAAUUACCUGUCUUGAGACAAAAUUUCAUCAAAAUCAAAAAUGGUGUUUUUUUUUUAAAUCAACUUUGAAUUUUUAGAAAUGAUUUUUUUCAGUGUAGGGCUCAUUUUGGAUUUUUUCAGGAUUUUUUUCUUAAAAUUUGACUUAUUUUGUGAUAAUCACCCAUACAACACUUUUUUGUAGGAGUAGUCAUUUUUUGAUUAAAAACAUUUUUAAAAAAUCCAUAAAAAAAGUUUAGCCCUUUUCAAAAGUCAGUCGAGAAAAAAAAUUAGAAAAAUGAUGAUGAUGAUGAUAAUAAAAGUGUACCCACCAUUAGCGCAAUGAUUACCUAUGGCUGCAGAAUCAUUCCGGAAGAGAAUUAUCUACCUGAUGGUUCGUUGUAGCAGGGAGAGUUAAAAUCGCUGAAUCCUUUCGGUAGUCAACAAAAGCUGCUAUCUCAUGACAAAAGUCAUGGCAGAAAUGUCCCAUAUUAAGGCACGUUAGCCUCUGGAGCCGGCCUUCUGGUGGCAAAAGUCUUGCUACUCCACGAAUUUAAGUCCGGUCAUCAGUUCAUUCAUACAUUAUAGGCUACCCUUCCGUGUGUUUAACCCAGCAGUAUAAUGUAUUUAGUCUAGUUGGUUCGAAAUAUUCAUUAAAAAGCUAAUAAUAAAGUUGUUUGAAUUGAAGCGGGCUCACCAAGUUUAGGCUCCUGUCAUCUAUCGAAAUCUUCUUCUUCUUGUUUAUCUUCUUCUUCUUCUCUCUCUUCUUCUUUAUGGCUCUACGUCUCCACUGGGACUUGGCCUGCCUAGCUUCAACAUAGUGUUCCUUGAGCACUUCCACAGUAAUUAAUUGAAAAAUAAGUCAGUAUCGAUACCGAUAUCAUAACUACCAAAGUCCGCGACCAGGAAUCUACGAGGAAGAACUUUUGCUUUCACACACGGAAGAUCGGCCAGUGGCCAGCGGAAUCGGGGACAAAAAUUGGUGAACAAAACGCAAAAAAAAAAACAAGCGAUUAAAAAGCGUAUCCAUCUACGAUUUUACGGCAACGCAUAAAGCCUGUAUCCGCAAUAAUCGGGACACAUCGGCUGUAGCUCUGUAAUCAAUCGGUAAAAUUGGCCAAAUGAUUGACUGAGAACUCUUUAGUGUAUGUUUAUUAUUUGUGCCAAAUUUCAUAAAAAUCGAUGCACCACUUUUAACUGUGGAUGAAAAACAAACAGACGUAGUUUUAGUCAUUUUGUACAAUCAUGACCAAUUUUCAAUCGCAUAAUAGAUGGUUCUUUAACGCUAAAUUUCGAAGUUCUGUGAUGAUAAUCAUGAAAUUUCGUUGGCAGUUAUGAUAUUUAUAGAGACACUUUCUUGCAAAAUUUCAUCAACUUUGAUCAAUUGGUUUGAAACCUACUGGUGUUGAUAGGGGUGAGUGUUAGUGAAAUUUUUUCGUAUUUUUCAUGUGCGAUGUUUGUCUAUUCAUAACUUUUGAAUUUCUUUGCCAAUUUUCAUGAUUUUUUUACAAAAGGUGGUUGAUUAUGUGUAUAUUAUGCCUAUAAAAUUUGAUAAUUAUUGGUCUAGUACUUUCAAUAGUACAAUCGAAACAAUAAAGGGUUCUGACUUAUUGUUGUCUGAGGGGAUAAAAUCACGUUCAGUCUCAAUACAUGUUUCGACUAUAAAAUUACUGAUAGUGCAUCGAUUUUUCUGAAAUUUUGCCUAUGCAACAAAUGUAGAUUGAGAGGUUUGUGUUCAAAGCUUCAGGCAUUUCCUUUUCCAAAUUCAAUAGUUACAGCGCUGACAAGCAAAACUAGAGGCUCCACAAAAUUCAAUGGCGCACAUUCUACUCUUCCAUUGCUACAACAAAAAGUACUGCACCGAUUCACAUGAAAUUUUGUAGGUAAAAUAAACACAUCUUAAGAUGUUAUUAGGCCAAAUUUGAGCAAUUUUAAUGUAUCUAGUGCAGAGUUACAGCUGUAUUUCUGUGUCCCGAUUAUUGCGAAUACAGGCUUUACUGCGCUGGACAGUAAUUUCUGGGAAUUCUCCAAAAACUCUUCUUGAAAAUUGUGUUUCUUGUGAGAAUCUUUCAGAUGAUCUUUUUGCUAUUUUUCAGAUAUUUUUUCCUAUAAAUUCUCCAGUAUUUCCUUGUGAGGAUCAUCCAUGAUUUCUUACUACAAUUCUUUUGCGAGUUUAUUCUGAGGAUUCUUAUGGUCGUCUUCAGUGUCUUGUGACUUGAUUCAAAGCAGAAUUGCCUGUCGAUGUUUUUUAUUUCAAUUGUCUACAUAUGAAAGUAAUACGAUAAGUUGAAUGAAGUGGAAACAACAGCCUUCUAUUGUAUAAUGAAAUUAGGUUUUCCAUCAACUUUUUCAUCAUAUUUUAACGAUCACCUUCGUGAAUGAGUGGUCAAAGAUAAUUUUUUGAGAUCAAACCCUCAUUUAAAACAAUCCGUACACUGCAUCAACCAACCAAUCAAUCUAAAUUUUGCCUAUUCAUUCAUUCGAUCUCGACGCAAGGUCUCUAAUAAUAAUGGGAUUACCAUAUGUCAACCACCACUUGCCGCCACUCGGCGAAGCAGUAGCAAUGCGUCUGUCACUCGCAACAAACUUACAGAAGUCAGAAAAAAAAACUCGCCAUCCAACGCAGCCAAACAGAGAGGAAAAAGGAAAUUACUAAAUAUCGACACUUCCUGCGUCGUGCAGCCAACCAACCAGCCAUCAGUUGGCGAUGGAGCAUUGUGAUUCGGGGCUGCGCUGUUACCUUGGAAAGGCACGUACCUCCUUCAUCGCGUCUGAACGUACCCACCUACUCCCUCACGAUUUGAAACGCGCCCAAAACUAUGUGGCUUCGCCGAUCGCACACGCCGCGUGCUGUAGCCACCCAAAGCCAAAGGAUUGACACAUAAAAAUGCCAACCCCAUCAUAACACGGCACCUUCUGCACUGCAGCCUGCCAGCAGCGUUCCUCUCUACUGCCCCCGCAAAUUACGUGCUGGACCAAGAUUCACGCGAACACACGCUGUAAAAGAGUUGUUCCAAGGAUUGGCAUUAGAGUGGUCAAAAAUUGGUAAGUUUCUUAAUCUGAAACAUUACCUUCUGGAAUUAUUGGUUUAUUGGGCAGUAAACUCUCCAAAAAAAAUGCGG